AUGGAUAACUUGGACCUCAUCAAGACCGUGCGAGGCCUCGACCAAAAUGGCCCUGGAGAUGAUGGGCAGAAUCUCCAGAAGCUUUGGAACUUUCUAGCUCAGGCAUCAGAUACACCGUUUCAUGCUGCAGAUGAGAGCAGCUUAAGAUGGCUGUUGAAGUCCAUGAAUGGCACUUCAGAAGCCGCCGAGACGUUGCGCCGGUACCCCCUCACCUGGAACAUCCUCGACUGUGUCUUCCGCAGAAUCCCGCUGUUUUCGCUGGCAAAAUCGCUGGCGGAUAGGAAAUUCACAGCAGUUCUGCAGCAGACGUUGAAAGACAUCUCGAAACCGGUUGGCUCUCCCGAGCAGAGGUCUCCGUCUAAACGAAAGCGAUCAACAAACAUCGCCUACUCGGCCGAUGUUAUGCGAAGCAUAGAGGGGUGCCUGGAGACUGCUCGGGCUCUCUUCAUGACAGUGAAAUCAUUACUGAGUCGCGUGGACAACGCGGUGGAGGGGUUCUCGCGGGACAAGAUUGGCGCCGAAUACAUUAAAUCUUUCUUUUAUACAUCGGCCGCAGACGCUUCGAGAAUCGUGGCACCCGCUUUCAAAAUUUGCGAGAAUCUCCUAUCCAGCGACUUACGGGACCACAUAGAGGGCAGCGAGGAUUGGAUUCAAACCAUUUCAUCCGUCUGGGACCUUCAUCUCCACGCCACGGAUGACGUCCUGAGUGUGGCAAUGUACCUGUUCCGAUCUGCCUCGGUCAUUCUGGCAAAUGUUGGAUCGUUUUCUUCUGCAAAUCGAGUGCAGGUGCGUGACAGCCUGGAGGAACAGUGGUCAUCAGAUAUGCGCGCAUUUAUGCAUCGCAACUUUGCUCUGCCGGGACGGGGCGCCUUCAUCAACCAUCAAACCCUUGAGGCCUUUACAACUGCUCUACAGGUGUGUCAUGGCACAAUUCACCUCGCUGCCCCUGCCUUGUACUUCAUCGCAUCGAGCACAUACAAGGACGUAGCCGACAGUGGACUUCGCAAGGACAAUGUUGCGUGGAUCAAACAGACCUUUCAGACUGUGGAGCUGGCAAUCAAGAACAGACAGGACCGCACCGUUCUCCUAGAGAGUGUUUUGGAGCAAGCGUUGGUACAUUCUGCACCAGUUGGCGUAGAUGACUUGCGUCGUGUGUGCCGAGAUUACGCUUUUCAGGAUCGUGGCACCAGCUGGGUCUUGGUGUCCAAGAUUGCUCAGUGUGAAACGGAUGUGUUCCAAAUAUCUGACGACGGUAUCGAACUGCGAAAAGAGAUAUGCGACAGAAUCGCCAGAGAGGACAACGAGGAUGCUAAUAAAACGGCAAUUGUGGAAGUGAUUGGGGCGAUUGAAGAUGGUUUCCGCACUCGUCGUGACCUGCCAAGCUUCUUGCGGCUAUGGUUUGAGCAACUUUCAGACGUCGAGAGACAGAAUUUUCACACGGAGUCGGCUUGGUUUACUUUUUCUCAGAGACAGCCUAAAAAGGAUUCGCUUACUUCCAUUUUAGAGACUGAAAUGUCUCCGAAGCGUCUCAAUGAGGUUGUUGCGUGGUUGAAGGAAAAAAAAUCAAAAUCCAAUCCCCAAGCCGUUGCAUUAUUUGCGUCUGUCAUCGCCGAGGCAGUGCAUAGUGAACAAUAUCUGGAUGUUGUUGGUCGGCAGCUCUUCGAUUUGGUGGAUGGUUUGCAGGCUGCUUCUCCUUUGACGGCUUUACGAUGGCGAGUCGUGUCAAUGACUGCUUCGUGCGUGGCACCAGAUGAAAGGCGAGAAAUUUGGGCUGCUGUUAAGAAGCGUCUUACCAGGGCUUUGGAAAAGUCACCAAUUUUGUCGGCCGAAGCGUUCGAGGCUUUCAAAUGCUGCUACAAAAUUUGGGAUUAUGUGUCCCCCGAUGGACCUUGGGUUGAAGAGCCCGCAGGCUUGGUAGAAGCGUUCACGAAGAGACUUGCUGCUGAGACAAGUUCUACCAGUGUUCUGGAAGGUACCCAACUCUCAGCGGCUCUCAGCCUAAAUAAUGAAGCGGCGUUUAAAGAAGAAUACGGCCAUCAGCAGUACAUUGCCUGGUUCUUGAAUGGCUCCAGCCGGUUCCUAAAACUCUACAUGUCCAGGGCCGGCGAGUUGCCGCCCGCGCUCAGUGUGGCAUUUUCAUCGCCCAAAUCAUGCACAGACGGGUUGACCUCUUUUUGGACGGCGUUGAUGCGGAACGAAACCAAUAUCAAUGCCAAGAAGCUUGCACAUGGCCUUGUCGAUCGCCUGCUUGCAGCGUUUGAGGAGUCUGAAACGGAGAGUGACUGGCCAGGCGAAAAUGGUCAAAUGUGGAUGAAGACGCUGUCGGGUGUCCCAACGGACUGCUUCGAUCGUAAUCAGCGAGAAGAACUCAUGACGAUAUUGGCCAAGCGGCAGUCGAGGAUCUCAAAGUCUGCCGCUAAGAAUGACGUGAACGAUUGGAAGCUGUCACUAGGCUUGGUGUGCAAAGUUAUGAAACGGCCUACAUUUUACGACGGCAUGCGAUUCUCAGACUUAGUGGAGGCAUCUUCUGCCUUGUCCCAGCUCUCACUGGUACCGGAAGAAGACGGCACCGAGACAAUCCUGGAGGUCAUUGAGAGAUUUUCUUGUAUGGCUUCUUUAGUCAUCAAGCAGAUGGCAAGCCACGUUGAUGAACGAAGUACGAAGUACUUCCACGAAGCAAUACCAUUCGUGUCAAGCUGCGAGAAGCAAGCUGAAGAGAGUUCUGAAAACAAACUUGACCUGCCAGCCCUCCACAUGACUCUGCUCAAAUCUCUGGGCACUGAGCUCGCUCGAUCUGUGAAUAGCCCCUCAAACACAGAUUCUGCGCCUCUAUUGACUGCGACACGACAAGCUCUAUCGAAAUGCAUUACAAAACUCAUCAAGUUGUGUGUGUCGGAAAAACAAGUACUUGAGCGUGCUGAUCCCACCAUGGACAUGAGCAUUCUGGCUGCCUUGAAUGCUGCUGCAGCCACAGAUUUCUCUGAGAAGAAUAGCUUCGAGUCACCUUCGAUAAGGAAGCUAGAAAAACGAAGCAGACAAGCAAUGCGAGAUGGCGAUUUGCGAGCGUGGAAGAUACAAAUAUUCAUCCGCGGCUACUUGUCAGAUAUGCUUGAGGCGUCGCCGCCAACCACAUUUGACGACGUGUCAAGUCUGCCUCACAGUACGCGAGAGGCCGUGCUCAAGGAGCUUGUCGAAUCUGUGUCUGCCAACAUGGAUGGGGUUUCGAAAUUGUCAUACUUGAGAGGACUACUGGGCGAGCUCAAAGGAGGCUGCAACACGGAUGGUCAGUUGCUUGCCAUUGAGCACCUGACAAGUCAAAUUAUUGAGUCGUCCGAUUUCCAGCUUCAGACCGAGGAUGGUUUUGAUCUCGCCACGUUCCACAAUGACUUGACGCCAUUGCUGCUACGGCGACCAUCCCACGCCAAUGUCAUUUUUCGCAUCCUGCGGGGCCUGUUGGAGAGACGACCGCAGUCAAUGAGCCAAUGGAACAUUGAGCUGACGCUGAGCACUGUAUCCCGUCUCGCGUCAGGCCGCAGUGCCGGCGAGAGCACGGUGUCGUAUCCCUGGCUCUGCAAACUGGUCGAAGUGAUUAUCAAGAAGCACCGUCUUCGACUCGAAGGGCGUUUCCACCUGCUGUUGAGCACGAUGCAAAUCUUGCUCCAGAACCUCAUUAUGAAUCAACACGACGCCACCACAGCGGACAGCUUCACGCAGGAGGCCAAGGCUCAGUUGUAUGCCCGGCUCAUCACACUGAUUUGCGAGCCCACCGCCGGAGCAGUCUCCCGCUCGCAACUCCGCAGCUCGCUGGACCCAGCUACCGAUGCUGCGAAGCGAUCUGCGGGUCGGCACAUGUACCUUGUUCUGGUGCGAUAUGUCAAACUGCAGCUUGAAACGAGCGUGUCGGCAGAGGUACGCGAUGCGCUUGAGCAAGCCAUGAAUUCCAUCUUCGACAUCACAUCACCCGAAGGAAGAAAGAUUCUCAACGACGCCAUGGAUAGCAGCGGCAGGGCGAUAUUGCGAGAAAUGUUCAAGAGAUAUGUCAAAUUUGGUAAAUGGAGUGGCGCUUGA